UCUCUCGUCCAAUUCCUUUCUAUAUAUCUUUCCAUUCCUAUUUCUACCCCGCAUUACAUCAUCACACCUUAAGCCCAACAAAAUGACAGACAACACACCCACGUUUCACCACCUCAAUGACUCACAAUCUCAACGGAUCUUCUGGCUUCUAGAAGAACUUUCCAUUCCCUACAAUCUCCAACUCCAUACCCGUAAUCCCGCCACCGAUCCCAAGGCUCCUUUACUCGCACCACCAUCUCUUCAAGCUACCGGUCAUUACGGAAAAGCUCCUUUACUCAUCACCGGUCCCAAAGAUGGAAACCGCUAUAUCCCCGAAUCUCUCGCCAUAGCCACUUACCUUAUCCGUACUUUCGAUUCCGCUGAUACCUUUGGUCUCCGUAAUGGCGAUUGGAUCCGUGAUGAAAUGCUCAUUUCUAUUACCUUGACUGAUUUGGGAAGAGCAACAAAUAUGAUGUUGAUGCUUGAUUUCAAUGCUAUAGCUAAUGGAGCUGGACCUAUGGGGAAACGAUUUGAUGGACCUGCUUUGAGGAAAGUAUUGGGGGAUUUGGAAAAAGAGUUGAAGGAAGGUCCUGAGGGAGGAUUCUUAAUGGGAAAGAAUCCGGGGAGAGCGGAUAUCAUAUUGGAAUUUCCAAUGGCGUUGAUUAAACAGAGAGGAUGGGUAAAUUUGGAGAAGGAGUUUCCGGCUUUGGAUGAAUGGUUAAAGAGGUGUUAUGAGAGACCUGCUUGGAAGAGGAGUAUUGAGAAGGGAAAUGGGUAUGAUUUUGCUACAUUCCCUCAAAAGGCACAUUUGCAAGCGCAUUUGUAG